AAAUAUGUUACUUUCUCUUCAUAUCAUAGAAAUAUUUCUUAUCCCCUCCAACGUGUAUUUUCUUCCUAUUUAAAGGAAGAAACUCAAUAUUGAGAGCUGCAAUGGCGAAAUUGGGUUUCGCAAUGUGCGUGAAAUCUUCAAUUCCACCGCAUCGCACUCCCUCCUCUUGCUUAAAUUCAGACAGCUGCGCCGCCAUAACAAGGCGAAAAACCUUAAUCUUCACUACUUCUUUCCUCGCAACAUAUUUGCAUUGGCAUCAAAAUCCAAAUCCAAAUCUCUCCACUUCUCCACCAGCCAUUGCUCAGGAAUUCGAUGAUGAUCUUGAUAAAGAAGAAACUCGAGUCGUUCAAAUUUUUCAGGAAACUUCAUCAUCUGUUGUAUACAUAAAGGACCUUGAGUUGGCUGAAAUUCCGAAGAGCAGUUCUGGUAAUAAUAUUGGUGAAGCUGAGGAUGAUAAUGCCAAAGUGGAAGGAACUGGUUCUGGUUUCAUUUGGGAUAAAUUUGGUCACAUUGUGACCAAUUAUCAUGUGGUCUCAAAAUUGGCAAAGGACACGAGUGGAUUACAACGUUAUGCUUGUGAGGAGCGUUGUUUGCGUUUGCCACUUCAGGUAUAUUUAGUGGAUUCUGGAGGCAAAAGCAUCACUAGAGAUGGCAAGAUAGUUGGCUUUGAUCCAGACUAUGACCUUGCUGUUCUUAAGGUUGAUGCAGUAGGGAACGAGUUAAAGCCGGUGAGGAUUAGCACGUCUGGCGAAUUACAAGUAGGGCAGAGCUGCUUUGCAAUCGGAAAUCCAUAUGGAUACGAGAACACUCUAACGACUGGGGUUAUAAGUGGAUUGGGCAGAGAGAUACCCUCCCCUAAUGGAAGAGCAAUUCGAGGAGCAAUCCAAACAGAUGCUGCUAUCAAUGCUGGAAAUUCAGGUGGACCUCUCAUCAAUUCAUAUGGUCAUGUUAUUGGAGUAAAUACAGCUACUUUCACUCGCAGAGGCAGUGGAAUGUCCUCCGGUGUGAACUUUGCAAUUCCGAUCGACACAGCUCUCCGCGUCGUGCCUACGCUUAUCGUAUAUGGUACUCCGUACGCAGAUCGUUACUGAUAGAGACGCAGCCGAGCCCCGACCAUCACAGGCGAAAACAUUCACGAUAUUUAGAUUGUAUUUUGUAUUUCUCCCGCGAGAACUUUUUAAAUAUAAAUGAAUAUAAUUACCCUAGUA